GUUUGUAAUUGUAUUGCUUCGUGCAUACAAUAUUUAGUUUAAAUCAUUGAAAUGAUUUCUUUAGCUAGUUUUAUUAUACAACAAUUAUAAAAACAGAUGAUUAUUAUCAUUCUGAAAAUUCACAAAAUGUGAUUAUUUUGUAUAAGAAUCAGUGAUAUAUCACAGUGAUAAUGAUAAGUUAGUGUGUUUAUAUCGUUUCUUCGAAUAAAUUAUUGACAGUAAGUUAUUAUGUAUUUACGGAGAUCUGUAUUGUAUCCUGUGGUGAAAAAGUAUUAUAAUAUCAGAUUGGUGUCUACGGAUAAUUUCACUUUUACAGAGAAGAGUGAGCCGAAGUCAUGGCAAGAGAUUCCUGGCCCGCCUACUCGGCCUGUAUUUGGUCAGCUAUUCAAUUUCCUACCAGGAGGUAUUUUCUACCAAAAGAAGGAGCAAAUGCCUGAGAUAAUGUACAAAAAUUACGGACCAAUCGUCAGAUUUGGAGGUACCUUUGGAUCACCACCAAUGAUUUUUCUUUAUGAACCUGAAGCUGCAUUUCAUGUAUUUCGUAACGAAAAUUGGACGCCCGUACGGCCCGGAUUUCAAUCAUUAGAAUAUUUUAGAAAACAUUAUAAUAAAGACCAUAAUCCCGAUGAGUCAACGGGUUUGAUGACUGAACAUGGGGAGGUAUGGCGAAAAUUUCGCACAAAAGUAAAUCAGGUGAUGUUACAACCAAAAACUAUUAAAUUAUAUUCUCAUAUAUUGACAGAAGUUGCUGAAGAUAUGAUCAAAAGGAUGAAAUCUAAGCGCAAUGAAAAAAAUAUGAUAGAAGGCAAAUUCGAUACAGAAUUAAACUUGUGGGCGUUAGAAGCAAUUGGUGUUGUUGCUCUUGGUGACCGCCUUAACUGCUUGGAUCCAAAUCUUCCAAAAGAUUCACCAGCGAGAAAACUAAUACAAGCUGUACGGGAUGUUCUAACAGUAACAGAAGAACUGGACUUUCGGCCGAGCCUUUGGAGAUAUAUUGCAACGCCAACUUUUAAAAAGGCAAUGAAAUACUAUGGUGAUCAAACGAAAUUAAAUGAAUUUUUCAUAAACAAAUCUAUAGAAAAACUUAAAGACAAGGGUACAGCUAACGAAGAGAAAGGAGUACUAGAAAAACUACUUGAAAUUGAUUACAAAACUGCAGUGAUUAUGGCAAAUGACAUGUUGUUUGCUGGUGUUGAUACGACUGCUAAUACCAUUAUUGGAGCACUUUUCCUUCUAGCAAAGAAUCCAGAAAAGCAAAAUAAAUUGAGAGAAGAGAUUUUGUCGAAGCAGGAAAAACUACCGUACCUUAGAGCCUGCAUCAAAGAAACUAUGAGAUUAUUACCCGUCGUCGGUGGUAACUUUCGACAAACUACAAAAGAGUAUAAUGUUAUGGGUUACAAAAUACCAAAAGAUAUGUUCGUAAUAGUUGCUAAUCAGUACAUGUGCAUGAUGGAAGAGAAUUUCCCGCAAGCAGCUGAGUUUAUCCCGGAGAGGUGGAUCGUCGAUAAAAGUGAUCCCUUGUACUAUGGAAAUACGCACCCGUUUGUUUACAGUCCAUUCGGGUUUGGAGUGCGAAGUUGCAUUGGUCGACGAAUAGCUGAACUUGAAAUGGAGACAUUCCUCGCUAAGCUUAUAGAAAAUUUCCAAAUUGAAUGGUUCGGACCACCGAUGAAAACGAGAGCAUCAUCUAUUAACUAUUUGAUGGGUCCUUACAAUUUUAUUUUUAAAGAUGUAAAAUAAAGAACAUAAAUAGA